GAAUGCACAAAUCCAACCAUCUUAUGCUGUUUAGUUAUUCACUUUUGUCUUUUCAAAACUCUUAUGCUUUGUGUAAAAAGUGCAACAAGGUUAUAAAAGGUAAUUUACGUGUAUUUUUGAGUAGACAAAAGAAGAAGGAGUCUUUCAGAGCGGUGUUUUUGGCAGCUAAUACCAAAGACUUGUCUCCCGUAGCUCCGGUGCAGACCCAAGCUUGGAGUGAAAGUGAAACUACUAAAGUACACAAGAAAAUUGUCCUUUUAGGCUCUACUGGUUCUAUUGGAACACAAACUUUGGAAAUUGUGGAUGCUUGUUCAGAAAAUUUCCAAGUGGUGGGUCUGGCUUGUGGAGGCUCACGUUUGGAUCAGUUUGUGUCUCAGAUUCGUAAAUAUCGGCCGAAGAUUGUUGCAGUAUUUGAUACUACCCAAUUACAAAGGCUGCAUACUUUGUUAAAGGACUUGGACUAUGAUUGUCAAAUAGGUGGUGGUGAACAAGGCUUGGUUGAUUGUGCUUGCUUCCCAGAAAGUGACUUGGUUGUGACUGGAAUUGUGGGUUGUGCUGGUCUUAUUCCAACAGUGGCUGCCAUAAAAGCAGGAAAGGACAUUUGUUUGGCAAAUAAAGAGACUUUGAUAGCUGGAGGUCCUGUAAUUGCUCCUUUGGUGGAAAAACACCGAGUCAAUGUCUUACCUGCAGAUUCGGAGCACUCUGCAAUUUUCCAAUGCUUGCAAGGAGUACCAAGUGGUGCCCUAUCCAAGAUCAUUUUGACUGCAUCAGGUGGAGCAUUUCGAGACACACCAUUAGAAGACUUACAUUACGUUACUCUAAACGAUGCUUUGAAACAUCCCAAUUGGACUAUGGGAGCUAAGAUAACUAUCGAUUCCGCCACUUUAAUGAACAAAGGAUUAGAAGUUAUUGAAGCGCAUUUCCUAUUCGGUACAGCAUACGACAAUAUUCAAGUAGUCAUUCACCCUCAAAGUAUUGUUCAUUCGAUGAUAGAGUUAUGUGAUACUUCUGUAAUUGCACAAAUGGGAUGGCCGGAUAUGCGUCUUCCUUUAUUAUAUGCGAUGAGCUGGCCACAUCGUCUCUUUCUGCCUUACUCUUCUCUUGACUUGGUUAAAGUAGGCACACUCUCUUUUAAGGAACCUGACAGAAACAAAUAUCCUUGUCUAGAUUUGGCUUAUGAAGCAGGGAAGAGAGGUGGAACAAUGCCUGCAGUAUUGAAUGCUGCAAAUGAAGAAGCUGUCUUCAGAUUUAGAAACAAUGAAAUCAGUUAUCUUGAAAUAGCAAAAGUUAUUGAACAUACAAUGAGUCAUCAUGAGACUGGACUAUUCGUUGAGCGUCCCUCAUUGGACGAUAUAUUAUACGCAGAUCAAUGGGCACGCAAAACUGCUCGAGACUUUUCUCCAAAGCUUCAUUUCAUGAAACAUUCCGCCGUUGCUUAAUAUGGAUAAUUUUUUUUUCAAA